AUGGAGAACUACGUUCCGAUACGGGUGUUGGGCAAAGGGAGCUUUGGCUCCGCCUGGCUCGUGCAGCGGCGCAGCGACAGGAUGCAGUUUGUCGCGAAGGAGGUGCGGCUGCUCGGGAUGAAGCCUGCGGAGCGGGAGAGCGCGAAGCACGAGAUUGACGUCCUGCGCACCCUGCACCACCCCAACAUCACCCGCUACGUGGACCACUACGAGCGCAACGGUUCACUGUACAUUGUGAUGGAGUACGCCAACGGCGGCGACCUCUACACCAAAAUUAGAAACCGCAGGGGGGCGCGUUUCACGGAGACGGAGAUUCUGCACUACUUUUCCCAGCUUUGCCUCGCGCUUCUUCACCUGCACGAGCGUCACAUUUUGCAUCGCGACCUCAAGACCCAAAACGUCUUCUUGACGAAGGAUGGAAUUGUAAAGUUGGGGGACUUUGGCAUCAGCACCGUCCUGCGGAACACGUUUGAGCUGCGGCGGACGGUGUGUGGCACGCCCUACUACUUUUCCCCCGAGCUCUGCCUCAACAAACCGUACAACAACAAGAGCGAUAUCUGGGCGCUGGGUUGCAUUUUGUACGAACUCACAACACUCACGCACGCCUUUGAUGGAAAUAACAUGAAGGCGCUUGUACAGAAAAUCCUAAAGGGGGUGUAUCCUCCGAUUCAUAGCAGUUACUCACCGAACCUCUCCAAGUUGAUUUCAGCCAUGCUGCAGAUCGACCCAAGGCUGCGUCCCAACGUUAGUCAACUCAUUCUCCUUCCGUACAUCCGUGACUCGCUGUCGAGUCUGCAGAGAGCCGUGCAGGUUGCCCACCACGAUCAUAAGCCGUUUGGCCCAUCGGGGGAAAAGGAGGAGCCCGCCCGCCUGCAACAGCAGCCGCCACCGCAGCAGCCGCCGCAGCAGGAUGGGGCGCAAGAAGCCGAGGAGCGACGGAAGGAAGAACAGGCGAAGGGGUUGAAGUUGGCGAAGGAGCGACAACAGCUGCGGCAGCAAAUGGAGCAGCGACAGCGCGAGAACGAGGAGCGGCUGCGGCAAAUACAGGUGCAGCAGCGGCAGGCAGAAAUUGAGCGCAAUCAACGGAAAAAGGAGUUGGAGGCACGGGUGCGCGAGCAACGACGUGAGGCAGAGAAACGCGCCAAGGCGCAGGCCGUUGUUUACAAACAGCGAGAGGAGGAAUGGGAGCGUAAUUUGCGGGAACAGGCCGAGGAGAAUAGACGCAAGCAACGCGAGGAGGAACGUCUUGCACGUGAGAGAGCGGGGCAGGAUGCGCUUCGUGAGAGGCUUCUCAAGAACGAUGUCAAUGGUAACGGCAAUGGACAACUGGAGAAGCCGGCGCCGUCAGCCGCUGCUACGGCCGCCGAGUUGUACCGGGAGAUGCGACGCCAGGCUGCCCUGAACAAACAGCGCAUGUUGGAAGACAUGCGGGCAUUGCCGGAGCGUGCGGAUCCCCCUGUCGUUUCCGCCGCGGCGGGGCAAAGGCGAGUGCCACCGCUUUCGCCAGAGUCUCCACCGCAUGCUCGGCAGUGUCAAAUUAACUCCUUGGGGAAGAUGACACCGGCGGAGGCGGAGGAGGCGCGCCGGCAGGUGUACUUGCAGAUGCGGCGUGAGGCACAAGAGAAUAAGCGGCGUGCACUUGGCCUUGAUGGGGCCCCAGGUGUUGCGUUACCAAAGCACCAGCCACCGGCGCAGCAACGACCUGAGGCAACACCGCAACACGAGCCAAAGCAGGAGCAGCGGCAGGAAGCACCACCACCAGUACCGCAACAAGAACAACAGCAGCAGCGAGCAUUGGAGGAAGCCGCGAAGGGAGGACAAGCCGUAGUGUGCGCACAGCGUGUAGCGGAGAGCGCUGCGCCCCGUGUUUCGACGCCCCCGCCGGCUGUGGAGGAGGCACCUGAAUGCCCAGCGCCAGAUGGUGGGACGACGACACCUGACGACGACCGUGCAGGGAAGAGGCGGGAUGAGGAUUAUAGCGCUCUGCAAACUGUUAUUGAUGCCGCAUUAACGAACGACGAGCCGCGUGCGGAUGUGAAGGACUUUCAUGAUGAGGCCUUCUCCGACGGAGACCCGUCAAAGUUCAUGCUGGAUGGGCAGACGCUUGUGCUUCCAAACGUUCAAGCAACGGACCCGCUGAUGCAUCGCAUCGAAUCCCUUCGUUUAUUCCUUGAGGGCCAGUUGGGCGAGUCUGCACUGAUGGCCUCGUACCGUCAAAUGAACAAUAUAGCCGUGGACGACGACGAGGCGAUGCAGCGUGUAGCAGACAUGCUGCCGGAGGAGCAACAAAAAUUUAUCCCUCUAAUUGCACAGCUGAUCGUAUGCGAGGACGCAUUCAAUCGUCAGCUUCUACAGUAG